CAGCUUUCCGCUCGAUCGCAGUACUUUCUCUGUGCAACGGAACGGGAGCUUUUCGAAUGCCGGUCGAGGAGGAGGUAUACCGAGACUGCGAAUCAUGACUUCUGACACGGAAAGUCUGCUGUGUACACGUAAGAACUGUGGCCGGACAUUCAAGAACAGGUACAACUUGAAAGAGCACCUGUUGCGGCACGAUGGAGUGAAAGCAUUCUCGUGCACCGCGUGCUCGAAAAGUUUCGUUUCGAAAGGUUCGCUGAAAAUUCAUGAGCGGAUUCACAGUGGAGAGAAAUCAUUCUCCUGCCCCGAAUGUCCCGCGAAAUUCGCAUCGAGUAUACAGUUGAAGUUGCAUUUUCGCGCUCACUCUGGGGAGACGCCUUACUCCUGUCGGGAAUGCUCAGCUGCUUUCAAAUCGAAGUCUCAUUUGAACCGACACUUGCGUCGUCACACCGGCGAGAGACCUUACAGCUGUGGAAAGUGUGGAAAAGCAUUCAUCGAGAGGGGAAACCUCACCGAGCAUGAGAGGACCCACACCGGCGAGAAGCCCCACAUCUGUUACGAGUGCGGCAAAGGAUUCGCGCAACAAAGUGCUCUCUACACCCAUAGGAGGACUCAUACAGGCGAAGAGCCUUACAUCUGCGAGGAUUGUGGGAAAAAAUUCAUGCAUCAAUAUUCUUUCGUUCGCCACAGAAGAAUACACACCGGCGAAAAGCCUUAUACGUGUGAGCUCUGUGAGAGGAAAUUCGCCUAUUCGAAUCACCUUGCCGAUCAUAAGAGAUCACAUACCGGCGAGAAGCCCCACGCUUGUGAGGAUUGUGGGAAGAAAUUCGGUAGCAGGUCUCAUUAUGUCGCCCACAGAAGAAUUCACACCGGUGAAAAACGUUACGGAUGCGAAGAGUGCGGGAAGAGAUUCGUUCAUAUAAGUAGUUUUCACAGACAUAGGAUGAUACAUACUGGCGAGAGGCCGUUCAGCUGUGAUGAGUGCGGCAAAGACUUCGCUCAGAGAUCUCAUUUCAAGGUCCACGAAAGAACCCACACCGGUGAAAAACCUUACAGUUGUGGGGAAUGUGGAGAAAAAUUCGCUUAUCAGAGAUCUGUAUACAUACACGAGAGGACGCAUGCUGGCGAGAAGCCCUGAAGCUGUGAGGCGCGUGAGGGAGCAUUUUUCCGGAAGAACCAUCUUGUGGCUCAUCUGACAAAAAUACAUGACUGCUCACAUGGGCUGCGAUUGUGAAAAACGCGUAGGAGGUAUUCGUCGCCUGAAUACGUCUCGGAAUCUGAAGGGGACCGCUCGGCGGAGAUAAAUCGUCUUGAUUGAGACAUAGUGAUGAUUGUCUAGAUUCGGGGGUGCCGAUUGUGAUGAACGUAUCCAACGAAUUCGUAGGACAAAAAAAUCACCUGAAUUUAUUUACAAGAUAAUUUUAAGGAGUCAGAAAGGGUAAUCAUGCGUUCUGACACAUUGACACAUUGCGAAUAUCGCCAGGAACGAUAAAUCACGGAUAUCGUCGAGUUCAGUAUUUCUCAACCCACCUCCUUCAUCGAGUGAAGUAUGUAUAUGGAGUUCGUGUCUGUUCUCCUCCGUUGUGCUUCCGCUAAAUGUGGUUACAGAUACUGCAGUUAGGUAAGAUCUAUCAUAUAAUAAAUUCUCG